GUUCCGAAUCAUGUGAUCUGUCUAACCAAAUCAGGAAAGGCGGUAUCCGUGCCGACCUCGUCGUUUGGUCCAAGCCUGAGGAUUCCGUCCACAUCGCUGCCAAUUGAACCUCUCGCUGUACCUCAAUUCCAACCCUACAAAAUGGUUGUCUACUACCAGAUCGCCGGCAAGAAGGUCGGCUCCCACGUCCUCGCCAUGGCCACUCUCGGCAGCAUGUUCGCCGGUACCUGGCUCGCCAUGUCCGGCGGUGAGAAGCCCAAGACCGCUCAGGGUCCUCCCAUCAACGCCUCCUCCAAGGAUGAGGAGAACUUCGUCCAGAACUUCAUGAAGGAGGUUGAUGGCGGCGAGAAGAAGCCCGCCGCUGGCCACUAAACCACCCCUCGAUACGGUUUAUAUUGAUGGAGCGGUGGAACAUGAGCAGCUAGGAUUCUGAAUUCAAACAAACUGCCCCCGCUUUCGUGCCAUUUCUAGCGCCCAACGACGUGUAUCCGCCCUCCCGCAGCGUUUUUUGUGACCACGGUUUUUUUCGAGAAGCUACACGGACCGAUUUUGGGAUGUCGGCGGAUGAGGUUGAUUGAUCUGUACAUAGGAGGCGUGUACGCUGCAUAGAAAAUUAUUCUCUUGACACUGGUUUUUCAGGUCUGUUCUUCCCCGCCAUUGAGCAAAGAUCAAUCGCGGAAGAAGCA